AUGAAAAAUACUUAAAGCUAAAAUAAACUAUUAAUUAGUAAAAGAACAAGGACAACAUUGACAUUGAAUUAGGAAACAAACUAAUCUUAAAAUUAAACUAGAAAAUCAUCAAUUUAAGUUAUCAAUUUUAAUCAGCAAGAUGUAAAUUAAAAUCAGGAUAAGAUUUAUUGUUCAACUUAACAGAGCUCUCCAAAAAAACAUAGAAACACUAAAAGUAUAUUAAAAUAUUAUUCAAAGGUUUAUGCGAUACAUUAAUAAAAUCUACUUCAUAAAAAUCAAUAAAAACUUCACAAAAAGAUAUACAAGAGAAUAACAUAAUUAAAGAAGGAACAUUGUAUAGAAAGAUUUCUCCUAAAGUCAUCUUCUAAGAUGAUAAAAUAAAUGUUUAUUUUGUAAAAGAAAUCAAUAAAUUGAUAUAAUCAAGUGAUACAAAAAUAUCAUCUUAAGAUAUUUGUAAUAGAGAAUAAACUAUAUAAGAAAUUUCUAAUCCUAGAGUUUCAAUUAAAGGUCCUAUUACAUCUAGUUAAAAUUUAUCAUAAGCCAGAAUCACUUAAGGAAUUUUGAGUGAUCCCAAACAUUUGUUUGCAAUUUCAAAUAAAAAGAUUAAAUUAGAUAAAAAUGAAUCCUUAAAUACUAGCAUUAAAUCUUCCUUGUGUAAAUUAUUGAAAUAAUAUCAUUGA